GACCGUCAUAGUCAGUUAGAAAAGAGUCAUUUUGUAGCUGCUUUGCUUUUGUUUGUGUGUUUGGAAUUCACAUUUCCCACCAUUCAAUAUUUAAUUCAGUGGCCGUUUAUUGCAGCAGUGGCCAUACAAUGUGAAAUAGAUAAAGGUGGAAGGCACUAUCCCCGUCUUGCAAUACAUGGGAGAAUAGAAAACCCCCAAAGUACUCUUCUAAUCGUUGCCAAAGGCAGUAAUUUUCUACGUGCUUACUGCGCGUUAGUGUAUGCGUGUGCCUGACCGUGUGUGUGCGAGUGUAUGUGCGGGAGGAAAAACAACUCUGCUUAACCGUUUCUUGUUGUUGCAGUAACAUUGUUGUUUUUAUUGUUGUUGGUUUUUAGGCAACGGAAGAGGAAAAAUUACUGUAAAAAAGAGACCAAAUAAGAUAUCGGAAGUAUAUAGGAAAUACCGUGGAACCGCAAUCUGAUUAAAUAUAUCCUUAUACACACAUACACACCUAAACAAACCAGCGGACAUACACACACACACACACCCAUAGGCACGAAAACACACAGAUGGAAGUACAUAUACAAAGGGCGCAACGUUAAAAUUAUACAGAAAGGGUCUCGCUUUGCCUUAAAAUGGACAAUACUGCUGGUAAGUAUGUGCGGAAGAAACUGGCCUGAUGGGACAUGGACAUAGAAUAGAUAGCAAACCCUCUGUGAAGAUUUGGCUGUAAAUAGUUUCGAGCAGUGUGAGAGAGACAGAGAGACAGAUAAGCAAUGAAAACCAUUACGCCGGACACGACGACAGCGUCGCAGCAUCAGCAAAAGCAACAACUUCUCAUUCCACAAGCAGAACUGCAGAUGCAACAUCAGCAAACGAUUAUUGUGCCGCCAUUAAUAAUGGAAGCCACGGCGCAUGUGAAUCUCGUGGACGAUGAUGAAAAAGAUCCGCUGGCGCUGGAGCAUACGGAGGUGGUGUCCCCAACGACCAAGCACUCGCAUAGUCUCAGACGUCACCUGCCGCGCAUAAUCGUGAAACCCAUAACACUUGAGAAAAAGUCCAUGGCGCCAAGUGAAGAUCCUCUGCCAGCGGCAAUACCAGGACUGACAUCGCUGGUCCCACAUACUGCCUCCAAUUCAGCUCCUCCCGCACGCAUGUUCAGCAGUCGGCGCAUCCAGCAGCAACAGCAGGCGAAGGCAGCUGCAGCCGCGGCGGCGGCCGCCGAAGCAGCAGCCCAGGCUGCAAUUGCAGCCACCACGUCGCCGGGCAGCAAAGGUGCCUCGUCCUCGCAGGCCUCAACGAUGCGCGAGGUGCUGGCCUCCAUACCCGGGUUCAGAGUGAAGCCGCGACGUCGCAGCAACAAGAAGCUGACAACAGCAGCGCAAAUCGAGCAAACGAAGGACGGAAAAAUCGAUCUGGAGACACCGGACUCCAUAUUGGCAUCCACCAAUCUGAGGGCGUUGCUGAACAAGCAGACGUUCUCGCUGCUGCCCCCGCUAUAUCAAUACAAUCUCAUUCAGCUGUUGCCCAGUGUCGAUCGUGAGGCCAGCGUUGUGGAGCCACAGUUCUUGCCGCCGCAUGGACUAGAUCAGCCAAGAAGUAGUGGUGCCUGCGGCAGUGGCAGUGGCAGUGUCAGUGGGAGCUCCACCUCUGAGGCCAUUCGACUAACUGCGUCAUGCCUGAACAAUGAAUUCUUUGCCCGCGCCUGUCUUGAGUGGCGGGAGCGAUUGAGCGAAGGAGAAUUCACUCCCGAGAACCAGCUGAAGCUUAAGACGGAGGCGGAGCGCGAGAAGAACAAGCUUGAUCCGUGGAAACUGAAGCACUUUGAGCCCUAUUGGGGGGAGAAGAAUGCGAGGAAUGCAUCGGGUAUGCCCACCACAGUUGGCAAGCUGAAGCUGGAGAUCGAAAAGGAGAAGCAUCGGACGACAACCAAGAGUGAGCCCAAUCCACCAGCGACAACGCAACAGCAACAGCAACAGCAAAAGCAGCAGCAAAAGCAACAAGCAACAUGUGAUAAUGAGACUGAACUGAAAUUUGAUUUGAGCACAAAGUGCGAAACGACAACAGCAGCCGCAGCAGCAGCAGCAGCAAACACUAGCGUACCAGCAGCAGCAGCAGGAAGAACAACAACAGCUCCGCCUGAGACUAGUUGCUGUCAGAAUAGCUUAGUAGGGACAGAGCAACAGCGUCGCAUCCUCAAACGUCCGUCGAGCAGCCCAUCGCGUCGCAAGCCGACACCAACAAUAAUACUAGACGAUGACGAUGAUGAUCCCAAUGAGGUGCUGCCGAGCACAUCCAAGGAGAGCAAACUGAUGAAAAUCGAAGCUCCGUUUGUUCCUUAUUCGUCGUCAGGGAAUGCUGUCGUUGCCACUGCACCGACGCCGCCCCUGCCCACCCUCAAUAAGGAUGUGGUGGAUCAUCCCACAACGAAGAUAACUGCAACAAGAAUCAAUGAGGAGCGACAACAACAACAGCAGCAGCCAAUUAUCAACAGUACCUGUGAUAAAAUCGAGCCAUCCGAGUGCAAUGAAGAGUUCAUUUCCAUUGAUCAUCAGGACAUGGUGGAGCUUGAAGCCGCGAACGCCGCCGCACUGGCAGUAGCCACAGCGGCUGUCACACCGCCAGACAAUACCGAGGCGGAGGUCAAUGACUUUGAAAGCUAUUUGGAGAGCGUGGAGCUAGUUACCAAAGGGCCAUUGGAUGCAUCUAAUGAGGUAGAUCACACAACGGCAGCAGCAGCGGAAGUGGCAGCAGCAGCGGCAGCAUCAGGAGCCAGCCAUGAUUUCGUGUUUGCAGAUACCAUCGAUCAUGCAUAUUUCCACAACCAUCAUACAGACAUCAAUCACACCUUCUACACAUCAUCGUCGUCGUCCAACAUGGCGCAUUCGGCACUCAAACUGGAGGAGGAGCAGCACUGCAUUAAGCUGAAGGACUCGCCCAUGUGUUCAGUGGCCAUACCCAGCUCGAUUUGCAGCUCGACUCCACCCCGCUCGAUCACGUCCACCAGCUUUACAUCCUCCUCAUCCGCUUCACUGUCAUCAUCGUGCUCGAGCAGCAAUUCCAGCUCCAUGCCGGCCACUGUAACGGCGGCCACCACCAACGCGUUAGCAACGUCGACAACAUCAGUAGCAGCCGUAGGAGUAUCAUCAACAGCCCCAUUGUCGCUGUCCUCAGCGGCAGGGUCAACUCUGGCCGAUAUCCAGGCAAUGCUCUUUUCGGUGGUCACGUUGCAACAGCAGCAACACCAGCAGCCGUCUGUGGAGUUGAACUCGAGCGAAAUGUAUCAGCAUGUCCAGCACGAUUGGAACUUUGGUGACAUUAAGCUGAUGGCAGCGACGCCCCAAAGAAGCUCCCAAGCAGCGAGGGAGCAGCAACUGAAUCAUGAGGCUAUCAAUCUGAUCGAGGUCGUCAAGGAAGAAGUCAUCGAUGAUGAUGCGUGUCAGGAGUUCCUCAACGAGAGCGAUGAGGUGGAGGAGGAGGACGACGAUCUCGUUGAGUGUAUCGACGAUGAUCAGCAGGAACAGCAGAUGCUGGAAGCCAUGAACGACGAGGACAGUGAUGCAGUGCGGCAAAUAGUGGACAAAUUGCAGCAGCAUCAAGAGGAACAGCAGCAGCAGCAACAAGAGCAGCAGCAGCAGCAGCAACGGCAGCGACAGCAUGUGCAUAUCCAGGAUGUAGUGCAUUUGCCACUGCAUUCGUUUUUGCCACAGGCCCACACCGAGUACGGGAACGAGAUUACGCAGGAGAUUCUGAGCGAAGCCGUGCCCAUGUCAGCUGCCGAAAUGGAGGUAUCCAGCACCGUGAUCACCAACAGCAGCAACAGAAACGACAGCAGCAACAAUCUGAGCCUCAAUCAGCCGAUGCAGCCACAGCAGAAUGCUCCAGCGGUUGCGCCACAGCAACGCCAGAUUCUGGUUGAUUCCAAUGGUCAGAUUAUUGGCAACUUUCUAUUGCAACAGCAGCAGCAACGUCAACACCAGCAGCAACAUCAGCAGCAGCAGCUUCUUCAGCAAUUUACACUGCAAGCAGCGGCCGCACAGCAACAGCAACAACAGCAACAGCAGGCGACGAGUAGCAAUGCUUUGGCCAAAACUCUGCCUGUAACGCUACGCAAUGGAACACAACAGUUUUGUUCGCCCAACUUGAUCGCCCAGCAACAGCAGCAGCAACUUGAGCAACAGCAGCAGCAGGCAGUGCAACAGAAGCAGCAGCUACAGCAAUUUGCCCUGCAACAGGCGCAGCUCCAUCAGCGGCAGCUGAUGGCUCAAGCCGCCAACAAUCUGCUCCAACAGCAGCAGCAGCAACAGCAACAGCAGCAGCAGACUGUUGUCCCCGCAGCAGCGCAUCCCAAAUUUAUAGCCAAGCCAUUGAAUAUUAUUUCCAUGACGCGGCCCGCCGCCAGUGCGUUACCCAUUACGGCAGCAACAACAGCAAACACCACAACAAUUCCGUCCGCCUAUGUUAAUGUUGUUGCCGUUACAGCCGCGCCACAGCCCCAGCCCCAGGCGCCACCGCCCUCAGUAGCAACAUCAGUAGCAGUGCCUCAACAGCAGUCGCAGCCCCUUCAGCAUCCCCAGCAGCAGCUGUCCAAUCACAAUAGCAAUAUGCAGCAGUUGCCGACAUUGCCAAGCGUUCUAACGAUGAAAACGCUGCCUCCCUCGGGGGUGCCGACGACCAUUGCCCAGCAGCGAUUGCAACCGAAGAUGCCGACGGGCAAGGGACGCAAGGCCACCAGCAAUAGGCUGCCCCCAGGGGCCGUUAAUCUCGAGCGAAGCUAUCAAAUCUGCCAGGCCGUCAUCCAGAAUAGUCCAAAUCGUGAGAAUCUAAAAGCACAGCUGCGUCCCCCCGCGGUCAUACUCAACCAGCAUCAGCAGCCAACGGUAGUGACCACAACGGCAACACCUGUGAGCAGCCCGCUGAAUGUGUCGAAUGUGUCGACUGUGGCUGCCGCACCCUUGUCGAAGAUGACGGCUGUUUCCGCGGCGGCGGCUCCCAUCCAGAAUAUGCUAAAGCCGGAGGAGCUGCUGGUUGGAGGAGCAACUGCCACUGGAGUGUACAAGGUGAACAUUUAUUUUAAUUUCCUUUUGAGACCAUUUUCAGUCAACAAUUUGUGUCGUCUGCAGGUCAUUGGUCCUCGCAUGAGCGGCUUUCCGCGUAAGAAAUAUGUCCAGAGGAAGCCGUCACCCAACACACUGAUACGUCAUGUGUUUAGUCCGGGACCUGGAGCGGCCAAUGCCACGCCCCAGCAGCUUCAGAUACUCCAGCAGCAACAGCAACAGCAGGCGGCGACAUUGCCAGUGGCACAGACCCAGCCACAGCCACCGGCGGCACCAGAGCAGUUGAUCCAUCAGAACGGCAGUGGCCAGUACGUGUUGGUGCAUCGCGCCACUGUGGGUGCAGCUGACAAUCAGGCGCCCAGGGCGUCCAGUGCACCGCCACUGCAUCAGAAUCAGUUUGUCACCGUUCAGAAUCCGCUGCACAGCCUGAAUGGCCUGCCAAUGGGCGGACGCGGGCGUCCCGCAUCGGUGGAUAAUACAGCGGGCAGCGGCAACAUUAUGGCACCAGCAAUUACCGCCACCGAGGUCCUGCACCAUCACCAUCAUAAUCACAAUCACAAUCACGAGCUGCAACAACAGCAGCACCAGCAGCAGCAGCAUCAGCAGCAACAGCAUCAUCAGCAGAUGGGAAACGUUGGCAAUGUGGGCGCCGCCGCGAAUAUUGUGCGGCGCAAUAUCGCUGCAGGAUCCACCAACAUCACAUACAUCGAUGGCGGCAAUAACAAUUCAACAGCCGCCACCGCCGCUCUCAUGGAAGCAGCCGCCGGCAACAACUACAUAGUGACCACAGCCGCAGCACCAACCGCGGCCACGCCAACAGUCAUUCAGCAACAGCAGCCACCGCUGCAACAGCCGCAACAACAGGCCGUGCAUCCUCUGCUGCAGCUGCGUCAAAGUGGGGAGAACACACCGCCGAGCAGCGAGGCUGCAACAGCACCGGCCAACAACUGCGCCUGCUGGCUGAACGCAAUGGUUAUUUGCCAGCAUUGCGGAGCCUUCUGUCACGACGACUGCAUCGGUGCGGCCAAGCUGUGUGUGUCCUGUGGAAUCAGAUGAGUGCCGGACCCCCUGCCGAUCGUCCAUGUGAACAACAUAUUAUAGUAAUAUAGAGACCCCUCCCCCCCCAUAGACAUGUAGACUAGAAUGCAAUGGCUAUAUACAUAUGAGUAUGUAUCCCAAUAGACAGACACACUAUAGCGCAGGUGCAGAGGCUUACGCACAGCAGAACCAGCAGCAACACCAGUCCUGUUCACAGGCACAGCCACAGGCCCAGUCCCAGCCCAGGGCACACACACAAAGCCAAGGCAACAGAUAGAUAUAUAUCAUAAAUAUAUACAUAUAUGUGUGUAUAUUUUAGACCGAUCAAAGACCCAUGUAAACUAAGUAAUCUUGCAGUUCUUACAACUUUUUGUAUAAAGCCAAAAAGAGUACGAAGAGGAGGAGAAGGAGGUGGAAGAACGCGUAAAGGGCAAACAAACGAGUGUUGUGUAUUUUGUGCUUGUUGCAUAUCCCUAAAGAUACUCGUUGUUUUUGUGAUUGUUUAAGGAUAUCUCAAGCACACUAAAAAAUAAUAAGCAAAAAACAAACAAUCUAUAAACUCUCAGUGUAAUUACAAGCAAACAUACAAAAACAAAAAGAAAAACAAGAUGGAAAACAAAACGAAAACGAAAAAACAAAAGGCAAACGUAAAGCAUAAAAAACAGAUUAGAUUAUAUGUAAUGUAUAUAUUUAUGUUUAAAUUAAAUGUACCAUAUGGAUAGAAAUCAUGUGAUGACUAUAUUUUUAUAAUUUAUUCGCGCAUGUGCGAAGUUUGUUUGGUUCGUUCUAUGAAUAUAAGAACUUCAUAUUGAUGUAUAUGAGAUAUAUAUAUACACAUACUUUACUGUGUAAUUUAUAAACUAAUUGGAGUGUAUAUCGCCUAGGCCCAGCGCCUAGUUCUUAAGAUCUUAUACUGUAAUUUUAACCUAAGUUUAGUAUUCUCCACCAGACAAAUCACCCACACUCACACCCGACCCUAGAAACGACUCUCCAUAUCCACACCGUUUCUUUAGCAUAUAACGCAUAAACGUAAUUCUAAUUCACGAAAAUAAUUUCAAAACAAAGCCCCCUAUACAUUAAGCAAAACUGUUGAUAAAAAAACAAUACAAAGGCAAUGCAAAUGAUAAACGAAAGAAUGAAAGAAGGUAACAAAACUGCAAAAGAGAGAACGAAAACCCUAUAGAUAAUAGCAAUUAAAAAUCAGAAGCAACAAAGUUACGAUUAUGAUGAGGUUAAACAAAAUUCAAAACAAUACCUAAGCAAAGAACAAGAACAACAGAACAUUCUGCUCCUAGAUGCACCUCACCGCAAAAUUAACCAAUACAUAAACAUAAUUACAAAUAAAUUUGAGAAAAAAAACGAAA